AUGUCAACUAUAUCAAAGGAUAAUUUAACAGAAAUAAUAAAUCAGAAAAAUGACGUUAUUGAAGAUAACAUCAGAGAUGAGAUGAUAUUAUAUGAGGAUUCCAAUGAAUGGGCAGAAAGGGGAUAUAUUAUUCGGAAAUCAAUUCCCGUUAUAUUGGCAUAUCUAUUAUUAUUUGCAUUACAGUUCAUUAGUGUAUUAUCACUCGGUCAUUUGGGUUCAACAGAACUGGCCGCCUCAACACUGGCUUCAAUGGUCUCUUUUAUUACAUUUAUAUCAGUUAUGUAUGGUGCUGCGACAGCGCUUGAUACCUUUUGUUCGCAAGCUUAUACAUCUGGCAACAUGAAAAUGGUUGGAGUAUAUUUACAACGUGCCAUUAUCAUUAAUUUGUUAGGAUUUAUCCCGAUCGCUUGUAUUUGGUGGGAAUCAGAAAAGAUCUUAAUCUUCCUUCGUCAAUCUCCCGAAAUUUCUGCACAAGCUGCUUUAUUUCUUAGAUAUUUAUUGAUUGGAGCUCCUGCAUAUUUGAUGUUCGUAAAUUUGGAGAGAUAUUUAUUAGCCCAAGGGAUAAUGAGUGCUAUUACAUAUGUAUUAAUAAUCUGUUGUAUAAUUGAUGUAUGCUUGAAUUUCAUGUUAGUUUGGUAUAAACCACUAUCACUUGGGUUUAUUGGAGCACCUAUUUCCACAGCUAUUACCUAUUGGUUGAUGUUUUUCUUUCUUGUCAUUUACACUAAAUUCAUUAAUGGAUAUCAAGCCUGGGGUGGAUGGUCACGUGCUGCAUUUCAUGGUUGGAAACCUAUCCUUACACUAAUGAUUCCUGGUAUCUUUAUGGUCUGUUCGGAGUGGUGGGCAAUUGAAUUUAUUUCUUUUCUUGCUGGAUAUCUUGGUGAACUUUCACUUGCAUCCCAGGGCAUAAUAUCUACUAUAAUUACUGUUAUAUAUCAAUUACCAUAUGGAGUCUCUAUAGCAGCAUCAAAUCAUGUUGGAAAUUUAUUGGGUGCUAGUAAAGUAGAAAGGGCCAAAAUGGCUUCAAAAAUUUCCAUGCAAUUCGCUAUUAUUGUUGGUUUAUUUAAUGCAGCCAUCUUGAUAGGUUUCAAGGAUAUUUUGGGAUACUUAUUCACUUUUGACGAUGAUGUAGUCAAAUGUACAUCUUAUGUCUUACCAUUGGUUGGCAUUUUUGCGAUAACUGAUAGUAUAAACGCAAUCGGAUAUGGUAUUCUUCGUGGGCAAGGCCGCCAAUUUAUUAUCGCAAUUUUUAACACCCCUGGAUAUUUCUUUGUAGGAAUACCUAUCAGUAUACUUACAGCUUUUUAUUUAGGAUAUGGAUUACAAGGUCUUUGGUUUGGAGAUUGUAAAAGGCGAAUGAAAGAAGAUAGGGAUAAAAUUAAAUCUAUGAUUAGCAAUGACCCUGAUUUUCAAGCUUAG